GGAAGUGAAGACACAGAGAGGAAGGAAGGCGUCAACGAAUCCCACAAGAAAGAAGCCCGUCAUCUUUAUGGCUUCACUCUCAAUCGAGCGUAACUCGUAAAAUGCCCGUGUGUCACAGGAUACUCUUACUUUUAUGCUUACUUAAUUUCUCGUCCGUAUAUUCAGAUAUAACAGACGGGAAUGCGGAGCACUUAAAGCGAGAGCACUCGCUCAUUAAACCAUAUCAGGGUGUUGGAACAAGUCCCUCGAGUCAGUGGGAUUUUUGGGGGAGUACAUUAGUUACCAGCCAGUAUGUGCGUCUGACUCCGGAUGAGCGGAGUAAACAAGGAUCCAUCUGGAAUACAGUGCCAUGUUAUUUAAAGGAUUGGGAAAUGCAUGUGCAAUUUAAAAUUCAUGGAUCAGGAAAGAAAAAUCUUCAUGGGGAUGGCUUUGCUAUAUGGUAUACAAAAGAGAGACUACAUCCUGGGCCAGUCUUUGGAAAUCAAGACCAUUUUGUAGGCCUGGCUAUUUUUGUGGAUACCUUCCGUAAUGAUCUCCAAGGGAUGGAUCGCUCUUUCCCCUAUAUUUCUGCAAUGGUCAGUAAUGGUUCCCUGCCGUAUGACCAUGGGAGAGAUGGACGAUCCACUGAAUUGGGGGGUUGCUCGGCUGAAGUCAGAAAUAAAGACCAUGACACCUAUCUGGCUAUUCGAUACUCAAAAGGCAGACUCACGAUUAUGGUAGAUGUGGAUGACAGGAAUGAUUGGAAAGAGUGUAUUGAUAUCGGAGGUGUCCGCCUCCCUACAGGCUACUAUUUUGGGGCCUCUGCAGCUACAGGAGAUCUGUCUGACAACCAUGACAUCAUCUCUAUGAAAAUGUACCAGCUGAUGGUAGAACAUACUCCUGAAGAGGACAACCAGGACUGGACAAAGAUUGAACCUAGUGUCAGUCUCCUCAAGUCCCCUAAAGACAACGUUGAUGAUCCAACGGGUAAUUUCCGAAGCACACCUCUCACUGGCUGGAAGGUCUUCCUACUUCUGUUAUGUGCUUUGCUUGGAAUUGUGGUUUGUGCAGUUGUGGGUGCAGUGGUCUUUCAGAAACGACAGGAGAGAAACAAGAGGUUCUACUAAACCACCCAAACAUGAUUUCAAAGAACUUUGGAAAUUGUAGGUUGAAACAUUAAUGUGAAUUAUUUUUAACAACUGUAUAAAUGUUUAUAUUAUUAAAGUUUGGAUCUAAAGAGUUGAAUAGGUGACAUUUUUAUCUGUAUGGUUUUCGAUUUGGCAAGGUUAAUGCCUGUGUGCUGAAGUAAAGUCAAAUAGACAUUUUCAAAGCAGUCUUCAAUGGUUCUUUUUAUUGUUGUGUAUUUGUAUAAACUUAAUUUAGUUCCAUUCAGAUUUUAUUUUGUAGCAUUGUUUUAAAAAUUGUUACUUGCUGUGCUUUGCCAUUCAUGUUAUAUGGUUUAGUUUUGCUCUGGAGUAUUAAGUUGCUGUUAUACAAUGUGUAUGAUUUGAUUUUUAAGAGGUUUUUAAUGGACUGCCAAUGAAAUCAAUUUAAACGUAAUGCUGUUUUUGUGAACGACAUGGCUCAGUUUCUGCAGUAAUGAUUUGAGACCUGUUUCCAGUGUUACACAUUUAUAACUGAACAUACCACCAAAUCUGAUUUAUAUUCACUUGUGCAAGGAGAUAAAUUCACAAAAGGACUGCUGCAAGAGAUGCAUUUUGAAAAUGACUUUUUGCCUUUUGAAUGUUCAAGAUAUAAAGGAAAUUGAAAGUCAUGCAUUUUAGCAAGCUCAAUUGGAGAUUUUGCCUACAUUUUUCUGUGUUCUCUAAAUACGUUUUGCUAAUUUUCUUUGCCCUUUGUAAUAAAUAAUUGCAAUAAUGCACUGAUUAACUUUUUUUGUUUCAAUAAGAAAUGCAUUUUUUUUUGUUAGAGAUCAAGCAGGCACUGACUGUAAAAUUAUGUUGGUUUUGGUGAGAAAAUAAAGCAGUUCUACCAGUGGA